GACCUACGCCACGAGAUCAUGUGGCCAAGGUCCUGUCAAGUGUUAGUGUGUGUGGUUUAGUUUGCCGUUGCUCUCAGUAGCCAGGGGGAAACGUAGCGGACUAGUACAACAUUUUCCCACGAAGUUUGUGCAUGGAACAGCGACUUCGAUAGUAUUGCGGUGAUGCUUAACAAAUACCUUUAGCAGAUAGGAUUCGGAGCUACAGCGACUUGCAGACCAUAUUGUCCUACUGUACGAACUUUUCAAAUCUGUGAAAGGAAUCUUUGGCGCCAGAGUGUAUGCGGACACCAAAGGACGAUGAGCAGUGUGCUGCUAUGGGACUUUCUUUUUAUGGGUACUGACAGAGUAAAUAUAACUCCGCAAUAUUUCCACGGGUGACGGAAAAUCCACAGGACAAAACGAGUCAGCGUCGGGAAAGUCGGAUGUGUCACCUUCAACUCAUCUCCUUCUAGAGAAAAAGCCAAAUUAAUUGCGACAAUGAAUCUGGGUGAUCUGGACAUCGCCUUCUUCAGUAUCUCUCUCCUCGCCAGCUGUGCCAUUGGCGUUUACUAUGGAGUCCGAGGGCUUCAGUCGACUCCUCUGGAGUACCUCCUCGGAGGGCGGUCCAUGAAGCCCUUCCCACUGGCCAUGAGUAUGGUGGUGGGCACCGUCUCCGCCGUGACUAUCAUGGGGAGCGCGGGCGAAAUGUAUGCGAAUGGCACCCAGCUCUGGGUCAUGGAUCUGGGUAUCGCCAUAGGGAUGCUCAUCGUGGCUGAAGCCCUCGUACCCAUCAUGUAUCCACUGCAGAUGGUGUCUCUGUAUCAGUACAUCGAGAGCCGCUUCAAAUCCAAGAGUCUGCGUCAGGCGACGGUCGUCCUCCAGCUCUUUUGCGCCUACUUCUUCAUCGGAUUCGUCCUGUAUCCGCCAUCCAUCGCGCUCAAGUACUUCACCGGUCUGCCCAUCAUAAUCAACAUCUUCAUCAUGGGCGUCACAUGCACAGUUUAUUCGGCCUUUGGAGGAGUGAAAGCAGUGGUGUACGCCGACGUCUUCCAAGCUCUGGUGAUGGUCAUUGGAGUCCUGGCCAUCGUGAUUCAAGGGUCACUGCAGAUGGGCGGCCUGGAUCACAUCUGGGACAUCGCAUACCAUGGCGACAGGAUCGAAUUCUUCAAUUUCGCUCUCGACCCAUAUCAAAGACACAGCUUUUGGCUCUGCCUGACCUACGGUAUCUUCUUCGCUCUGAGUACCUACGGCGUCAACCAGAGCCAGACGCAGAGAUUCUUCAGCACUGACUCUGUCAAACAUGCCCAGUGGGUCUUAUAUUACGCUGCUGCAGGAAUGGUGUUCCUAAGGGCGAUCAUCAACUUGGCAGGCCUAGUGAUGUACGCCUACUUCCAGGAUUGCGAUCCCCUCACCGAUCCCAAUAAUGUGUUGAACGACCCGUCUAUAGUCGUGAUCAAUUAUGUGCUGGAGGUCCUCACGAAAAUCCCUGGGAUGUCGGGAGCUUUCGUGGCGGCCAUCUACGCUGCUGUCCUUAGCUCGGUGUCAACUCAACUCAACUCCAUGGCGGCACUGCUUUGGGAGGAUUUCCUGAAGGAAAUCAGAUUCUUCUCCGAUUCUUCUGAAAUUACGAAAGGACGGAUUCAAAAGGUUUUAGUAUUGAUCUCUGGAGUUCUAGGACUUCUCUGUGGCUUUGCAGUAUCUCAGAUGGGGUCUUUCUUCAGGACUCUUCUGACAAUCAACGGCGCCAUGACAGGACCUCUCAUUGGCCUGUUUCUUGUUGCAGUUUACUUCCCAUGGAUAAAUGCAGCGGGUGCUGCUUUCGGCUUCGUCAUCUCGAUUAUCAUGAACGCCUGGUUCGUCGUCGGCCAGCUCUUCACCUUACCUCCCGCAAAGUACUUACCCUUGUCUAGAGAUGGUUGCCCCAGUCCUUCUUCUCUGAAUGUCACGACUAUCGCCAACUUCAACUUGACCACCGCCGCAGCUGAAAUCAUGAAUAUCACCACGACCGCCGAGCCAGCCUUCAUGGACGACGAUGAGGACUCCGGUCGCGGUUUGUACGCCCUCUCCUACUGUCUGAACUCGGUGUGGGGGACGCUCAUAUGCACUGUCAUAGCUAUUAUCGUUACGGCUGUCACAGGUACAAAUGGUCUGGACGAUAUCGACAAAAGGCUAGUCGAUGCGAAGUCCUGGGCCUUGUUCGAAAGAAUCACCGUUCUGCAGGGCAGAGAGCCCCUUGUCAAGAGUGUUUUGAGGAGGUCCUCCACAGCCCAAAGGUCCAACAGCUACAACAAAGGAGACACGGAAAACCCUUCGGCGUUAGAAGAACUAUCUCCUGACGGCGUAGGUCAGCAGAAGGUGAAGAAUGUAGACGAAGAUUAAUGGCCUCCUUCAAGUCACGUGGUUAGAAACGAGGAUACUUCCGGUUAUUUCUUCGUUUUGCUGAUGGUGUGUUGCAUAAACUACUCAUGGAUAUGGUGUGAUGUGAGGUUCAGUAAAGUCUCAUCAGUGA